AGUUAGAGAGUGAAAGAAAGACUGGUACUACGCAUGGGUCGUCGGUCGUCCAAGUCGCACCUUCAGGCGUUGCCGACGAUGCUUCGCGACACCAAGAUGGGCUACAUCAUGAUCGCGUACGGUCCGUCGGCGCUCAAGGUGCUCGUGUCGGCGAUGUGUGUGCUGUUGGUAUCGGUGGACGUGACGUUCAACAACUGGGAAUUGAACCAAGUCCUUGGCAACGGCAACGCGCUGCUGACGCCGCUGCUCAACACACAGUCGUCAGACGACCUGCCCAAGAUGUACUCGUUUCCCCGAGGCAUGUCGCUCGAUACCGCGUCGACCGUGGGCGUGUUCAUGCUCAAUUACACGAUUCAAAAGAUCAGCAUUCGGGACGACACAAUUUACACGCUCACGGCGGAUUCGUUCUUGAUCGACAACCCAGCCAACGACAUUUGCGGGAUUUUGAAACAGUCGUACCCGGUGGCCGAAAACUCGGGCGUGGGGUCGUCCAUGAAAUUAGGGGUGAUCAAAGAUGGUAUCCAAUACGUCCGAGGGAUCGCGCUCACCAACAUCUUCAACGGCUUGGGCACCAUGGCCCCGGCUGGAACCCGCGCCGACGACCUCAUCGCGUUGGGUUACACGCCGGCGCGAACGGAAACCGACAUGCGCUUGACCACCGCGGUCGUGGUGCCUCCCAUCGGCACCACCGCGUACGCCAAUGUGUCCAUGUAUCGGUUUUACCCCCGCGCGUUCUGCACGGGGUGCGAGCCUGUCUCGGAGCUCGGGCUGGACGUGUGCACCCUUGCGAUGUCGUACAACGCGACCACGCGGUCGCUCGUGGUGCAGUCCAGCAAAGCCAUCUACGGCCAAGACCACGUCAUGGGCUUCAUCCUCGAUCGCACCGCCACGACCAAGGGGUCGCUGUACGUGCGUGGGUUUUGUGUGCUGUUUGUCAUGGUAGCGUACGCCACGAGUCAGAAGACCGUGCGGUGGACGGACGGUGCGACGCUCACGUCGUGGUACAACAAGUUGUCGUAUAUGAUUUCGCCGACGCUGCUGCGGUACCCGUGCCACACGUUUGACUUUUCCUACUUUUGCUUCAACAGCGACGUGUUCGUCGUGGGGUACGUGGCCGCGGUGCUGCUGGACGAAAAGGCAUGCAACAUCUACUCGCGCGCCAUGUUUUCGUGGUUCAAGAACACGUCGACCAACUCGACCAACUCGUGGGUGUUUGUUCGCAUUUUGGCCAUGAACUUUCGGUGGAUGUGGCUCAACUGCCUCUUAAUCAAGUUCGUCAAGUUUGUCGCAAACUACACCACCGCCACGCGGUACACGGGGCGAAACUUUAUCGUGGGGUACUUUAACUUCAGCUCACCCACGUUUGUGUACAUUGCGGGGCUGUUCUUUGUCGCCCGCAAUAACUUUCUCGACUACGGGUUGAUGGACAAGGUCACGCUGCUGUCGACAACGCAGUCAUUGGAGGGCAUUUCCGUCAACUUUUUCACGAGCGCGCUCCUCCGGGGGUAUCCAAGCCUCGUGCUGUUCAUGCUCAUCAACUUGUUUGUGAUCUUGACCGUGGACUUGCUGGUGAAUCGCAAGUGGUGGCGCCUCGUGUCCCAGAACUCGUUGGGACGGCAGCACAUGUUCAACUCGACGUCGAUCAUUGCCGACUCAGGGUGCAACUUUGUCGAGUUGAAAGAGUACGACAACCCCGUGCUGUUGAUUUCGGUCCGAUCGCUGUGCACGAUUCAGUGGUUCCUCACGAGCCAGACGAUUCGGUUUGGCCUGCCAGAGCACCCGUCCACGUUUCGCGACAUGACGUCCAAAGGCGCGUCGACGCGUCACAAGUCGAUGACGUUGAGCAAGAGCAAUGCGGGGAAUGCGUCACAAGGCGAAUUCGAGCCUGUCUCUAAUUCCGAAUUGCUCAUGGUGUCCCAGGAUGAGGACGGCUAUAUCCACCUCUACAACGCCCUCAAAACCGAGGUCCAAGCACUGAGCAUGGAAGUCAAGGUUCUCGCGGAUUCCAAAUACCAGCUCGCUUAGUACUAGCGUUCGUUGGUGCCCUCGUGACGCCCUCGUGACGCCCCAUAUAUACGUAUGAGAAAUAGAUAUGUUCAUGUUCACA